AUGGCAAGCCUCCGAAAAACCCACCCACUCCUAAAAAUCGCAAAUGAUGCAUUAGUUGACCUUCCCGCACCCUCUAACAUUUCAGUCUGAUGAAACUUUGGCUCUCUACUAGGCCUUUGCUUGGUCAUCCAAAUUCUCACAGGACUAUUCCUCGCCAUACAUUACACUUCAGAUAUCGCAACAGCUUUCUCUUCAGUAGCACAUAUCUGCCGAGAUGUAAACUACGGAUGGCUAAUUCGCAACAUCCACGCCAACGGCGCAUCUUUCUUCUUCAUCUGCAUUUACAUACACAUCGGCCGAGGUUUAUACUACGGCUCCUAUCUUUAUAAAGAAACAUGAAACAUCGGAGUAGUAUUACUACUUCUAGUAAUAAUGACUGCCUUCGUAGGCUAUGUCCUCCCCUGAGGACAGAUAUCAUUUUGAGGAGCCACUGUCAUUACUAACCUGCUAUCCGCCGUACCAUACAUCGGAAACACCCUCGUACAAUGGAUCUGAGGCGGCUUUUCAGUAGACAACGCUACCCUUACCCGCUUCUUCGCCUUCCACUUCCUCUUCCCAUUUAUUAUUGCAGCUGCAACAGUAAUUCACCUGCUUUUUCUCCAUGAAACAGGCUCAAACAACCCACUAGGCCUUAACUCAGACGCAGAUAAAGUUUCAUUCCACCCCUACUUCUCCUAUAAAGAUCUUCUAGGAUUGGCAGUACUCCUCAUAACACUUACAUCCUUAGCACUAUUCUCCCCAAACCUCCUCGGCGGCCCAGACAACUUCACCCCCGCCAAUCCACUAGUAACCCCACCCCACAUCAAGCCUGAGUGAUAUUUCUUAUUUGCGUACGCAAUUCUUCGUUCCAUCCCAAACAAACUAGGAGGGGUACUAGCCCUCUUAUUCUCUAUCCUCGUACUAAUAGUUGUCCCCAUCCUCCACACAUCAAAACAACGAAGCCUCACAUUCCGCCCCAUCACCCAGUUUUUAUUUUGAGCCCUAGUCGCAGACGUCGCCAUUCUCACCUGAAUCGGAGGUAUGCCUGUAGAACACCCCUUCAUUAUCAUUGGUCAAAUUGCAUCUUUCUUAUACUUCUUCUUAUUUCUAGUCCUAACACCCCUAGCAGGCUGACUGGAAAACAAAGCCCUUGGAUGAUCUU